GUCACACCGGCGUGUCGCCCCCGUCGCGCCAGCCAGUAUCGCCCAGCGCUUGACGAGAGUGGCCGCACGCUUCUCGCGCUCAGCACCCCAGUUGAACGCACGAAACAAGUUUCACAAUUUGAAAUCGGACAAUUCUAAACAUACUUACAUAUUCAUCACAAUGGACUUGAGUGCUCAACCCAAAAGAACUUUUCUCAAUGUAAUUUCUUAGUUUCAUUUUAAUUUACUUGUGGAAUUUGUGGUUUUAUUAUCUAGAUUGAUAAAUACUGUUCGUAAAGGUGAAAUAAAAACGCGAGUGAAUAAGUUCAUAGUUCUUAGAUAUAAUCCGUUGAGGAGUUUGAAUUUUCUGUUGUUUUUUUAUUGUUUAUGAGGACGCAAACCUUUAGCGUGUUGAAAAGAGACAAGAUGAGGUCCAAGCGUUCGAGAGCGACAGGUGUGGUUGCUUUAGCGGUGCUGUUGGCAACUAUAACAGGAUGUUCAGCACAGACCCUAAGGAUAUUCCCGAUGCAGAAGCAGCAGACGGUAGCAGUGGGCAAGUCAGUGGUACUCACAUGUCAAGUGGACGCUCCGGACCCGGCGCUCGUUACACAACCCCAAUGGAAGGACCCUAAAGGAUUCGUCAUUAAUGAGGCCGCAGCCGGCACCCGACCCGAGAUCUACACAGAACCGAUGCCGGCAAAGCAGCUGCAGCUCUUAUACAUAUCGUCGAUCACCACCGCCAUGGCUGGCAACUACACCUGUGUCGCCACUUACACUAACAUGCCUUUGAGCGCCAGUGUCGUAUUGGAUACGUUCAUUGCAAUCACUUGGACAAACGCCAAUGAAAAUCAAUACGCCACAAAGGGAAAAGAUUUCAAAAUCAUGUGUGAAGUAACAGCUGAGCCCGCACCAUCAGUUGAUUGGUUCAAGGAAGGCAAUCCUGUUGUAACUGGUGAUAGAUAUGUUAUUCACGCAAAUGGACUAAUGAUCAAAGGCGUAGAAGAAAGUGAUGAUGGAACUUAUACCUGUCGUGCUGUGGUCAUUCAAACUGGUGAAUUAGCUGAGAGAAACAUCAAACUUGAAGUUUACACCGCACCAGAAAUGGAGGAAAGGGAACCGAGAGUCGAAAUCAAGGAAGGUGAAAGUGCGGCUAUUUCAUGUAAAGCGAGAGGAAAACCACUUCCUACUUAUUCUUGGAUCAAAGCUUCAACACGCGAGAACUUAGCAAGUACCUCUCGGUUCAGCGUCAAUGAAAAUACUGGACUUCUAACCAUUGAUCGCGUUGAAGCCGGUGAUUACGGUAAAUACAUCUGCAGUGCUGUUAACCAAGCUGGGCAAAACGAAACAGAAAUCGAAGUAGAAGUGCUGGUCAAGCCUAGAAUAUUUGAACUAUUCAACACAACCGCCCCAGAGAAGCAAGAGGGUAGAUUAGAAUGUAAGGCGACCGGCCGGCCCGCGCCCCGCAUUAGUUUCCGCAAAUUGAGCAACCCUGACCGCUUCCUGAAUGGACCUAACGACGACGGCAGGAUUACGAUCGAAACGAGCAGUCGACAGACUGGCGACCAGAUGGAGUCUAGUGGAGUUAUCACGAUCACUAAAUUGAAUAGAACUGACGAUGGCCUUUAUGAAUGUUUCGCUGAAAACGCCGGCGGUGAGGCAAGAAAGAAUGGACAUUUAACAGUUCACUUCAAGCCGACUUUCGAACACAUGCCGACAGUCCCUAUCUGGAGUUGGAACAGCCGUCCCGCUAAUUUAAGUUGUACGGCGGAGAGUAUCCCGAAUGCUACCAUUAAAUGGAGGUUCCGUGAUACAGACUUGGUAGAAACUCCCCAAGUGAAGAUCUACGGCUCAGGUCCGUCCAGCUACAUCAUCAUCACACCAACUGACCGAGGUCUAUACGGCGUUUACAAAUGCAUUGCCACCAACACGCUGGGUGAAGCCGAACACAUCAUUCAGUUCAGAGAGGCUUUCCCACCGGGGCCCGUUGUUCAAGCGAAACAAGAAACAAUAACAGCGACAUCAGUAUCAUUCAAUAUUGUGGGGCCAGCUGAAGAUAUGGGCCCACCAAUAUUGGCCUACACAGCCCAAUACAAGGAAAAUGGCAAUUUCGAUUGGAAUCUCUCCCAAAACAGGACUUGGUCUGCCAAUUCGCCGUACAUUGUGGAGAAUUUGAGGCCGAUGUUCACUUAUGAUUUUCGAUUCGCUGCCGUGAACCGCGUCGGCCCCGGCAGCUGGGGUGCCCCGAUUACAGUCAUUAUGCCUAGGAGAUCGCCGCCAGAGCAACCAAAAUGGUGGGAAAAUGAAAGCCCAGAAUCGCUUAUUCAUGGUAAAUACGCAGAUAGAUAUGAGCUGAGAUGGCGCGUACCCGCCAACAAUGGCGAACCCAUCGAUAUGUAUGAGAUCAGCUACUGCCCCGUGCUGAAAGUAAGUGGAGAAUGGCGCAUCGCAUCUGAAUCUCAAUGCGUCAUUGAGGAGCUAAAGUCCCUCGAGGCAAUCAGUUACGAAGUACGUGGUCUCCACCCAGACACGCGGUACCGAAUGCACGUUCGGGCACACAACGUCCUCGGAUAUUCCCUGCCUGCACAACUUUACGUCCAAACGGCUCUCGGUAACCCAAAUGGAUGUCCAAGUCAUUUCAGAUGGGCUCACACUAAAACGGAUGUCCUAGCGACGAUUAUAUUUAUAAUGUUUUACAUAAUAUAAACUAAUAGUUAAAAUCUAAAUAAUCAUCUAAAUUAAGCAAGUCCAAAGACGACUGUUGUUAUUUAGGGAAAAUACUUGUUGUGAUAAUGCAAUUUGUUGAUGUGUAAAUAAUUGUAAAUGUUGUUUGUGUUGGAAAAUAUCAUCAAAUGAUUUCUGAAGUUUAGUGAUUCCGAUUGUGUGUCUCUACUAUUAAAUAAUUAAAAGUUUAAUAUGAUUUGAUCAAAUUUCGGAAUGGCGUUUUGAAUUAUACUGAGAUUUUCAUUCCAUACUUAAUUUAAAAGCUGAAUAUAAUCUAACGUAGGUAAUUAACGGCUAAUAAAUUAACACUGCCAAAGUAUAAAAUCGUAAUAUAGUGUUAAUUAAGAAAGAAAUGCCAAAAAUUAAGGCAUCCAUUACAUUUUAACAUAGAAAGUUGUAUAAGAAUUCAUAAGAUUUGUGUACGAAUUUUUGAUGACUAUUUUGUCUUUUUGAUAUAGAAUAAAGGUGGGAAAAGAAAUCGUCCAUCUUAAUGAUAACAUGGAGUUCGAACGGAAUAUGAAUGUUGAUUUAUUGACGGUUGAAAAUAUAAUGGUUCCACUAGCAUUGCGAGGAGUUCGAAUUGUGAUCUGUUUAGGUGAAAAUAUGACCAAUGUGAAAAAUAAUAAAUGUUUUCAAAACAAAGUAUGCCAUUUGUAGUUUUCUGUAUAGUGCAUAAAAUGAAUGAAGUUCCUAAUUACUUAGCUGUAAAUAAGUACUAGCCGUUAUCAGUAGAAGGUAUUGGUGUCAUGGAAAAACUUCAUUCAUUUUCUAAAUGUAACUACCAUCACCAAGUUCCAUGAAAUUAGCAUAACCCUCAUCCCUUAAUGUACCCCAUAAAACUAAUGAUUAACUGAGUAAUAAGAGAUCAAAAAGAAAGCUGUCAAGAUGCUUAUCAAGAAAUCCAUUAACCCUUAUGAAUGUUGAUCGUUACACAAGUGUGUUUGUGUCGCCCUGACUGAAAUUUGGGUAAAUAUAAUUUUACUUAAUAUGAUAUUUUUAAUAGUUAAUAAUCCUGCUGCUAGUUUCCUUUGGAAUGUACUAAUUACUAUUGCAUGAUCUUCAUGUACACCCUUCAAACGCUGAUUAAUUCACAUUGUCCCGAUAGCAUGGUCCGAACAUUGUCGACUCAACAUUAUACCAAUUCCUAUUUUAAAUAUAUUUUCAGUCUUAAUCAUUUUAAUUAUAUUAGUAGUCAUGAUAGAUGACAAUGUUUAUAGAGUUUAUUUUUGGAUUUUAAAGUUUACCCUAGUCGUGCGGUUUAUUUUUCCAAGCAUGGAUGGUGUAAUCUAUGGAACUGCCAACACACUGCUUCUGGUCAGACCGUUGUGACCGGAGCAUAUGAUUGUCGAAUCUACUUCCACUGGCAGUUUCAUCAGGUUUUAGGAUAUCUCAUUAGAUGUUGAUAAAAAAGUUGUUGCUUGAAAAACUACAAGAAUCAAAAAAGUUUUAUGUACCUCAAAUGGAUCGUUAUUCAAAGUUUUUCAAACAACGAUGAUUAUAUUUUCCUAAAAUUAAACUAAAUGUGUACUGAGGUGAUGGUUAAUAGAGUUCCAUCCAAUAUUUAUUUGUUUUUAAACAGUUUAUUGUUCCAAAUUUAUAUUAUUAUUAUUAUCAUACGUUUAAAUUAGAUACAGAUACUGCUUAAAUAGAAAAAAUACUUGUCAUGGGGUUUGAACAUUUAUUUUGCGAUAAACAGAAUCAUUUGGAAUGUUUGCAUCUUGACAACUUUUCUUUCUAAUGAUUAUUACAUUAUUAUAAUUAAUUUUAAGGUUAUCGUUUUAUGCAUCAUCAUCUUUCGUUUCUAUCAUUCGUCAUCUUUCAUUUUUCAUUCAAACCCCAUUUCAUUCUAGCGGAGAGCUUUCUUCCAAAAUAUCCGAUGAGUCUUACAAUGAUAGAAUAGUUGCCGGUGAUUGGGUGCACGAUUUCUGUAUCUGAAAGCACUCCCUGUUUGUCACCAACUACUGAUUGCAAUGAAUGUCUGUAUGGCUGUGUACGACUUCUUUAAAACACAAACUUUCAAGUACACAACAGCUAAAGCUGCAUUGAUUACAAUCACUUCCAUGUCAUCUAACAUCUUCAGCUUCUGUGACAUGAUGCAUAAACUAACAAUAACAAGAGCAGUAGAUACAUUUGCCACGUAAUUUGAAAUUCACAUUUUGGCUUUAUCCUUUAUAGCAAACUGGUAUCUUGCUUCUACUGCUCUUAAAUGUACUUCAAAUAAUAUAUCGAAGCAAUG